AUGGGUAAACAACACGACGACACAAAUGUAGCUUCCUACAAAGCUCAAAAUGACGGGCAUGAACUUUCAAGUUCUCAUGUACCCAGCAACGCACAAGGGAGAGACGUUCCUGCCCAAGCACAACAUUCAGGUCAUGUAGCAGACCAUCAACACGAUUUGAAAAAGGCUCAAAAUGCCUUGCAUGAAGGGUUGAAACCUAAGGACGAGGAAGGAAAUAGGGUCGAAUCGGGUGCUCAGAAUGCUAACACCUGA